AUGGCUGCCCCUGCGCAAAAGACUGCCGUCUUUCAUCGGUCUUUGACCAAACAGUAUGAUUUGGCCACAGGCGGAGAUGGCAUUUAUGUCGUCCAUGCAGACGGAUCCAAAACGUUGGACGGCUGCAGCGGUGCCGCGGUAUCCUGUCUAGGGCACAGUCAUCCUGUCAUUAUUGAAGCAAUUAUCGAGCAAGCAAAAAAACUUGCCUUUGCACACACGUCCGUUUUCACGAGUGAACCUUCUGAGCAAUUGGCAUCAUUCUUGGUUGACCAAAGCGGUGGAGCUUUCUCCAAUGUCAUGUUUCUCAGCUCUGGCUCUGAGGCAAUUGAAUCAGCUAUUAAAGUAGCUCGUCAAUUCCAUAAUGCCAAUGGAGAAUCUCAGCGUAUCAACUUUAUUUGCCGGCAAUACGCAUAUCACGGAAACACGAUAGGGGCGCUUUCCGCUGGAUACAAUGCGUCCCGGAGACAGCCGUUCGAGCCCCUGCUAUCCAAGGCAUUUCACCACGUAUCGCCUUGCUUCUUUUCGAAGGAUCACAAGCAGGGUGAAAAUGAGUCCGACUAUGUGGAUCGACUCAUUCGAGAAUACGAAGAUAUGUUUGAAAAGCUUGGCCCCUCGUCGGUUGCUGCUAUUAUUCUUGAGCCUCUGUCCGGAUCCACCCUGGGCGCGGCUCCCGCUGCCGAGGGCUACCUUGCCCGGCUCCGAGCGCUGUGCGAUAAGUACGGCUCGCUGCUGAUAUUCGACGAGGUCAUGUGCGGCAUGGGCAGAGCCGGAACCCUCCACGCUUGGCAAUCGCUGGGCGGUGUCGCGCCCGACCUGCAAACUAUUGGCAAGGGCUUGGGGGCCGGCUACCAGCCUAUCUCUGCCGUUUUGGUAGGCGCAAAAGUGCAUCAGAUUCUUGAAUCGCAACAAUCGACGCAUCCGUUCAUUAGUGGGCAUACGUACCAAGGCCAUGCAAUUGGGUGUGCUGCUGCCUUGGCUACCCAACAAGUUAUUGUUAAUGAUAACUUAUUAAGCAACGUGCAAGCAAUGGGCGACCUUUUGGCGCGCGAACUCCGAGAUCGAACGCCUUUAUUGAAGGAGGUUCGAGGUGUGGGACUAUUCAGGGGUGUAGAGUUUGAUACGCCAGAAGGGGUUGCUAUAGCCGCCGAGGUAUCUCGGACGUGCUUAUCCAACGGCCUUGCCGUAUAUCUUUGCUCACCAGCGACUGAUUCUAUUCUCUUUGCACCUCCCUUUAUUAUCAAUGAGCAUCAAGUUCGGGAACUUGUUGACAUUUUUGUAGCCUCGACGAACCAAGUGCUUGCAAAACAGGGCUCGGUCUAA